GUCGGACGUGUGCUCUCGGCUCUGCCUGGUGCACUGAGAGCGAAGCUCACUUUGGCUGGGCCAGCCCCUCGGAGAAGAAAAGAGUGCUGGGUCCAGUGAGCACCUACAGCAUGGAAUCCAAGCCCCGGGCCGGCGAGGAGAAGAAAGCCGAGGACCACUAACAGCCAGGAGUUGCCACCUCCCCUGGCGCCCUCCUUAGACAGAUUGUGCCCAGCAGUCUGCGCCCCGGGCAGCACCAUGGUCGUGCAGGACAGCGCGGACACCGGGGACGUGAGAGGGGGCGUGCAGCUGGAGCCCUUCCUGCACCAGGUCGGGGGGCACCUGAGCGUGCUGCAGUACGACGAGCACACCGUGUGCAAGCCGCUCGUCCCCCUGGAGCACAUGUUCUACGAGUCCCUGCCGCAGGCCAUGAAGCAGUUCACUCCCCGCUACAAAGGCACUGUCACCGUGCACCUCCAGCGAGACAGCCGGGGCCACCUCAGCCUGGUUGCCAGCCCACUGCAGGAGGCCCAGGGGUCCCUGAAGGUCUCCUCUGAGUCGGCGGCCGUGGCGAUAUGGGAGACGCUCCAGAAGACCACCGGUGGCGUGGGCAGUGGCACCCGCCCCCUGGCCCACCUGGCACACUCCCUCUCAGAGAGCCCGGCCAAGACUCUCCUGAGGUCUGAGUUCCACUUCAACACUGCUGCCGGAGAGAGCCAGGCGGAGAGGAGCUUCAACCCGUGGGGCCUGCACUGCCACCAGGCCCACCUGACCCGCCUGUGCUCCGAGUACCCGGAGAACAAGCUGCACCGGUUCUUGUUGCUAGAAAAUGUGGUGUCACAGUACAAGCACCCCUGCAUCCUGGACCUGAAGAUGGGGACCCGGCAGCACGGGGACGACGCAUCUGAGGAGAAGAAGGCGCGCCACAUGAGGAAGUGCGCGCAGAGCACCUCGGCCUGCCUGGGCGUGCGCAUCUGUGGCAUGCAGGUCUACCAGGCGGCUAAGAAGCACUUCCUCUGCAAGGACAAGUACUACGGGAGGAAGCUCACGGUGGCCGGCUUCCACCAGGCCCUGCGGCAGUUCCUGCACGACGGGGCACGCCUCCGCACAGAGCUCCUGGAACCCAUCCUGCGCCAGCUCCGGGCCCUCCUCCUGGUCAUCCGGAGCCAGAGCUCCUACCGGUUCUACUCCAGCUCCCUCCUCCUCAUCUACGACGGGCAGGAGCCCGCGGAGCCCGCGGAGCGCACGCCAGGGGGCCCAGCUCCCCCAGAGCCUUCCCAGGCGGCCCUGGCCAAAGUGGACAUCCGCAUGAUCGACUUCGCUCACACGACGUACAAGGGCUCCUGGAGGGAGGGUGCCAUCUACGAUGGACCAGACCCUGGCUAUAUCUUCGGCCUGGAAAACCUCCUCCAGAUCCUGCAGGACAUCCAGGAUGGAGAAUAGACUUUCCCCGGGGGGCGGUGGUGGUGCUGCUGCGAGGAGCUGUGGACUGGGUCUGGACUCACAAGGACCCCGUGCGCCACACAAGGAAGCACCGCCCGGUCACGCGUGUUCUUAGGCUGCAGCCCAUUGUUGCAGCCACCGUGCGGAUCCAUUUCCUAGGGUACAGACCCCGAAGGGACCGCGAUGGGUAGCUAGGGUGGUCUGGACACCCCUCAGCUUGGGAGUCAUCCCGUCUACCUUCAAAAGGCAUCUCUGGGCAGGCAGGCUCUGUCGACAGCUACAGAAAGCAGCGCUGGCCGCUGGCCGAGCCGUCCCGAAGCGCUUCUGGAGGGCUCGAGGCCAGUAUCACCCUGAGGGUUGGGACAAGCUACAUCUAAACACACGGUCUCCUGGUGCUGCUGCAGUGCGCGCAAGCUGCGAGAAAAAACCAAAGAAAACCACCAUCCUUGAAGAAGCCGGAUGCUCCGGGCUUUCCGCUCCCACAGGCUGCCCGCUUAGAGGGCAGGCAGCGCUAAUGACGGCUCCUUACCUUCCCGGGAGGGAUCUGGGGCAGGGAAGACGAGUGGACAGAUCUGCCUGCCUCACCUUGCUUUGUACCCAGGUUCUGAAGAGGCAAGGAUGGCCUCAGACUGGAGCCUGGGGGACCAGCACCCCAAGCUUUCCAAUGCUCUCCCAGAGGAUAGGCCUGUCGGAUUCUGACCAUGGAGAGAUCCCCCUGCUGAGGAUGCGGCUUCCAGUGGGGGUGCGCUGGGCAUGCAGAGGGGCCCCCGGACUUCAACUACAUUCUUUGCUUCCUACUUAUUUAUUGUGGG